AUGACAGUUACCAACGUUGAAGGCAUGAAUGCUCCAUUAACUACGUCAGCCCUCAAAAGUGCUCUCCAGUUAGGCAUCACACACACAGUGGGCAGCUUGAGCCACAAACCCGAGAGAGAUGUUCUGCUGCAAGAUUUUGAAGUUGUGGAAACCAUAUCGUUCCCCACCCGGGGCAGCAACAUGACACCAGCACACGACUAUGGAGACUUCAAGUUUAAGACAUAUGCCCCAACAGCCUUUCGUUACUUCAGGGACUUGUUUGGAAUCCGACCUGAUGACUACAUGUAUUCUCUGUGUAAUGAGCCACUGAUAGAGCUGCCAAACUCUGGUGCCAGUGGCUCACUGUUUUACCGCACAAGUGACGAUGACUACAUCAUUAAGACAGUUCAACAUAAAGAGGCUGAAUUUCUGCAGAAACUGCUUCCAGGUUACUAUAUGAACCUGCAUCAGAACAAGUGCACAUUAUUACCAAAGUUUUAUGGACUCUACUCUGUCCAGGCAGCGGGUAAGAAAAUCCGUAUUGUUGUCAUGAACAAUUUGCUGCCAAGUGCAGUGCGAAUGCACCUCAAGUUUGAUCUAAAGGGCUCCACCUAUAAUGGGCGACAGGCUUCAGCUAAAGAGCGGGGGAAGGAUUUUCCCACAUACAAGGAUCUGGAUUUCUUGCAGGACAUGCCCGACGGGCUGUUGCUGGGGGAAAACAAGUACAAUGCUGUGUGCAAGACCAUUCAGAGAGACUGUCUGGUCUUGCAGAGUUUCAGUAUAAUGGACUACAGUCUUCUGGUGGGAAUCCACAAUGUAGACCAGGCCUAUAUGGAUCAACAGAGUGCUGUGGCUAUGCAGGGCAUGGACCAGAGGAGGCCACAAAGCCAGAGGUCCCUGUACAGAACUGCUAUGGAGGCAAUCCAAGCAGAUACAGCAAGCGUGGGAUCACAGGACACAGAAGACAAAACUGGAGGAAUACCGGCAAGAAACUCAAAAGGCGAGAGACUGUUGGUGUACAUUGGUAUCAUUGACAUUCUGCAGUCUUAUAGAUUUGAAAAGCAGCUUCUACACUUAUGGAAAUCUCUGAUUCACAAUGGGGAAACCGUAUCAAUUCACAGACCAGAUUUUUAUGCAGAACGGUUUCGAAAGUUCAUGUGCAACACGGUCUUCAGGAAGAUCCUACAUAUAAAGACCUCCAGAUCUAGAAAGCACAAGGCGGGGGCCCGUGGUCAUUUGAAAAAAACAGGUAGCUCUGGGCCUCCUCUGCUUACUCACACCAGCAGCAGCCAAAAUCCUGUUCCCCAACAUGAAAUCAGCCCUGAGACCAGGGAAGACACUGACAGAGACAAUGCUGUGAACAGGAAUGAGGAAAGCCCACAUCCAUCCAUCCAUCCAGUGACGUGA